CCCAUGCUUUGAGCGGAAGCAUCUAAGAUGUUUCUUCUAAGAAAUUCUGCAAAAAUUAUUCACAGUAAUUUAUACAGAACAACUACAUCGUUUAGAAAGUGUCAUCGAUCUGCAAAUAUAUCAGAUAAAAGUAUUUGGGCAUCGAAUCCAGAUCCAAAAUACACAGAAGUAGAAGAAGUCAAAGGCCAUUGGAAGUAUGUAGAGAAAUUGCUUGCCAAAAAAGUAACUGUCCCUCCUCCCCCAACGAAAGAUAAUUCUGUUUUAGGUUGGAGGAAAGCGCCAGACGUCGUUCCUGAUCUUCCAUACUUUAUUGCCAGGACAAGAAAUCAUCUGUUGCCAGUCUAUGUGAGAGUUGUUCCAGAAGGUCCGCAUAAUAUUACAAGGGUUAAAAAUGUUAGAGGUGACAUAUGGAAACUUGCACAAGACCUAAGAGAAUACUUGCAACCAUAUAGUGAAUUUAAAAUAAGAAUGUGUGUAGAUGAAGUAACCUGCCGUCUUGAAAUAAGGGACAAUCACGUGGAACGAAUUAAGGAAUGGUUAUACGAUAAAGGAUUUUGAGUGAAAAUUAAUAUUUUGUAAUUUAUUUGCAUUGUAAUAGUUUUCUCUUCAUGUGCAAUGUUUUGAAAAAUCAAAACAGUUCUUAUUCAUUCUGUAAACAAAAUCAUUAUUGUCAGUAAAAUAAAACUUCCAAAGUUAUAGAAAUUUAGU